AUGGUGGCGGCUGCAUGUCACUGUCAGCUAGGCAGCAGCGCGGCAGCCGGGCGCAGCCUUCGGCGUACCGGCGCGUCGCCCCCCGCGCUGCUGCUGCCGCCGCGGCCACGACAGCAGCGGCGCGCGGCCCCGGCGCAGGCGGCAGCAGACCCGCAAGAGCUGCUGACCCUGGCCAGCAGCGUGGCCGCGGGCUGGCCGGCGGCUGUGGCAGGCGCCACCGCCGCCUGGCCCGCGCCGCUCGCCAGCGCCGCCACCAUCCUGGCGACAGAUCUGGCUGACGUGGCGGCGAUGCAGCCCACGGCCUGGGGCGCGGCCCGCCUGGGCGCCCUCUACUACUUCUUCCUCGCCCGCCCCUCGCCCGUUGUAGGCCUGCUGGACUUUUAUCUGCUCAACCCCAUAGCCCGCCUGCUGCAGCGCCGCUUCUCGGAGGCGGACUUCACGCUGCGGGAGCGCCUGGGUGGCGGCAACUACGGGCAGGUGUUUGAGGGCCUCAUCAACGCCAACGGCCUGCCCGACCCAAUCACCCGGGAGCUCAGCCCAGAGCAGAAGAAGCGGCGCGUGAUCCUGAAGAAGGCCAACAUGGACGCCCAGGGCAUCCGUACCAACUUCCUCAAGGCGGGCACCAUUGCGCGGGGCGCGGCCGAGACGGGCUUUGUGGAGGCUUAUAUGUGUGCCCGCGUGAUGCGCCACCCGCAGGUGCGGCGCGUGGUGGCGGAGUAUCUGGGAUACUUCCAGGCCAGCAGUACCUCCGGCGGCAUCACCUCGGGAUCCCAGUGGCUGGUGUGGAAGUUUGAGUCGGAUUCCACCCUGGGUGACGCCUGCGACGGCACCCUGGGGCCCUUCCCUGAUUGCCUGUCGGGCAUCAUGCUUGGGCGGCGUGCGCAGGGGUGGGACGAGGAGAAGCGGGCGGCGGCCACGGUCAAGGCUGUGAUGAAGAAGCUGUUUGUGGCCCUGGAACGCCUGCACUCGCUGGGCAUUGUGCACCGCGACAUCAAGCCCGAGAACAUCAUCCUCACGGCGGACGGGCAGAUCAAGCUGAUCGACUUUGGCGCCGCGUGCGACCUGUCCACGGGCAUCAACUUCAACCCCGAGUACGGCAUGCUGGACCCCAGAUACGCGGCCCCCGAGGAGCUGGUGAUGCCCAAGAACUUCCCGCGCGCGCCGCCCCCCGUGCUGGCCGCCACGCUGGCACCCUGCGCCUGGGCCUGGGGCGCGCCCGACCUCUUCGACUCGUACUCGGCGGGCAUGAUCCUCAUGCAGCUGUCCAUCCCCCAGCUGCGGCCGGGCGCCUCGCAGCGCAGCUUCAACGCUGAGCUGGCAAAUUGCGGGUACGACCUGAACAGGUGGAGGAGCCCCAAGGCUCGCUCAAUGGACUUCAGCCUGCUGGACCGUGGCGGCGGCCAGGGCUGGGACCUGGCUGUCAAGCUGCUGUGCCUGAAGAACGAGCUCAACCGCGGCCGCCUGAGUGCCAGCCAGGCCCUGUGCCAUCCCUUCCUGCUGCUGCCCGCGUGA